GGAAGGGAGGAAGGGAUGGACCGGGCGGCGCUGACGGUGGGGCCGGGCAUGGACAUGCCCAUAAUGCACGACGGCGACCGCUACGAGCUCGUCAAGGACAUCGGCUCCGGCAACUUCGGCGUCGCGCGCCUCAUGCGAAACCGAGCUGACGGACAGCUCGUCGCCGUCAAGUACAUCGACAGAGGGGAGAAGAUUGACGAGAACGUGCAGCGGGAGAUCAUCAACCACCGCUCGCUGCGCCACCCCAACAUCAUCCGCUUCAAGGAGGUCAUCCUCACCCCGACGCACCUCGCCAUCGUCAUGGAGUACGCGUCCGGAGGGGAGCUGUUCGAGCGAAUCUGCACAGCCGGAAGGUUCAGCGAGGACGAGGCGCGUUUCUUCUUCCAGCAGCUGCUGUCUGGAGUCAGCUACUGCCACUCCAUGCAAGUGUGCCAUCGUGACUUGAAGCUGGAGAACACCCUGCUGGAUGGGAGCACGGCUCCUCGCCUCAAGAUAUGCGACUUUGGCUAUUCAAAGUCUUCGGUUCUUCAUUCGCAGCCGAAAUCAACUGUCGGAACACCGGCAUACAUAGCUCCUGAGGUUCUUCUGAAGAAGGAAUAUGAUGGAAAGAUUGCUGAUGUGUGGUCAUGCGGAGUGACGCUUUACGUUAUGCUAGUUGGUGCAUAUCCCUUUGAGGAUCCUGAUGAGCCUAAGAAUUUCAGGAAGACAAUUCAGAGGAUAUUGAGCGUGCAGUACUCGAUUCCAGAUUACGUCCACAUAUCUACCGAGUGCCGAGAUCUUAUUUCUAAGAUUUUUGUUGGCAACCCGGCUACUAGAAUCACAAUACCCGAGAUCAGAAACCAUCCAUGGUUCUUGAAGAAUCUCCCAGCCGACCUAGUGGAUGAUAGCACAAUGAGCAACCAAUACGAGGAGCCUGAGCAGCCGAUGCAGAGCAUGGACGAGAUCAUGCAGAUCCUGGCAGAGGCCACCAUACCAGCAGCUGGUUCUCGAAUCAACCAGUUCUUAAACGAUGGUCUUGACCUCGACGAUGACAUGGACGACCUUGAUUCAGACGCUGACCUUGAUGUGGAGAGCAGCGGGGAGAUAGUAUACGCUAUGUAACGGUGCGGAUUCUCUCGAAGUACCCAUGUUUGCAAUCAGGAAACGGAUACUCUCAAAGUACCCAUGUUUGCAAUCAGUUUGCCUGCGAGAUGACCAAAGAUACUCAACACACUCAAGAUGAAUAUAUGUAUUUCCCAGUGUUGUACAACGGUUUACCUUGUUGGAUGUAAUCAUGUUUGCUGUAACGCUAUGCGGUAAUCUAGUUAGUUUGAGAAAUCGCAGAGUGUCUGGAACAGUGUCUAUCUGUGAUCCCGUGAACUAAGGGACGGGAACCUAGUUAUAUUAUACCACCAUGUUUGUAGUUUGUACCAUGUAUAGGCAAAUAAGAGAAACUCCAGUUUGAUCA